AUGCUUUACAAAAAAAAUAUCACUUUUCCUCAAAGUGUGAAGAAAUUCUUUGUCACACCACGUCUCAAAAGACCACCGAUACAAUCAAAUUGGUUGCCUCGAGCUCACAAUCACGUACAAAACCGGUGUCUUGUUGGAAGUUUUAGAGACGCAAUAUGGCCGUUUUUGAUUGUCGGUCAGAUCUUCGGGGUGAUGCCUGUCUUGGGUGUGAAAAGUCAUCUAAUCGAUAAUCUUAAAUUUAAAUGGACAGCUUUACGGACUGUAUAUAGUAUAGCCAUAGCCUUUAUCUUGGCGAUGGCCUCAUUGUUUCUAAUUUGUGAAAAGCAGAAGAAAACGUUUAUUUUACAAAUCAGAGUCAUAUCCCUGUCGGUUCUAUUUUUAGCACUGAUUGAACAUUUACUAAGUAUUACAUCAGCAAUGCAUCACGUUAUUACAUGCCAAAUGGGAAAAAAUCCGUUUGUUGAGCUGAUCAAACAGAAUGUACCAUUUUUAUUCAAUUCUGACAGCGAAAUUUCGUUUUGGGAAGCAACUUCUGUCAGUUUUAUAAGCCUAAUAUCGACAUUUUUAUGGAAUUUUCUGGAUGUAUUUAUUGUGGUAAUUAGCAUUGGUUUGACCAUGCACUUUAAGCUUUUUAACCACGAUUUGAAUCGGGCAAACGGCAUGCACAUGCCAAAGCAGUUUUGGAUCGAUCGGCGAGCACAAUAUCGACGAUUAUGUGACUUGGUCAAUGUGGUUGACAAACGAAUAGCCCAUAUUAUUUUGCUGUCAUUUUCAAAUAAUUUGUUUUUCAUUUGCAAGCAACUAUUUCAAAGUUUAAGACCACUGCCAACAUAUUUGCUGAUGAUUUAUUUCUGGUUUUCGUUGAUUUUCCUGAUUAUGCGAGCGUUUGUUGUUUCAUUUUGUGCGGCUUGUAUCAAUGACGAAUCGAAAAAACCCCUUAAAGUGCUAUGUGCGGUACCACCUUAUUCAUGGAAUAACGAAACAAAACGAUUUUACGAAGAAGUAAGCAAUGACACCAUCGCUUUGUCUGGGAUGAGAUUCUUCUUUCUCACACGCAAGCUCAUAUUAUCUGUUUGUGCCACUAUCGUUACAUACGAACUCGUUUUGGUAAACAUAUAUAAUUCUCAAGUUCAUUGCGAUGAAACAUUUAUAAUCUUUUUUCUUUCAAGAUGCAAUUCCACUUAA